AAUGAAAUAUUGAAGAUUAUGACAAUAAUUGAAGCGACAUUAGAAAAAUAAAAUUCCAGACAAAUUAUCUUUUUGAAGACUAGGCAGCAUGGUCUCCGACCUUAGCCUGUUCCAAACGGAACAAACGUACUAAAAAAAAAAAUUAGCGCUUUUUAUUACUUUAAAUAAACUUUGUUUUGUUUACUUUUCCUUUUUAAGCUUUAUUUUUAUAGUUAUUUCAAUAUUCAAUAAGAAUUUAAUGAAUUACCAACUAAUAGUAUUUUUCUUUUAACAUAAAAAAACGUAACACUAUAUUAGGUUUAUAAUAUACAACUAAUUUUCUAACUACAAUGAGUGAUUUUCCUGAUCCUGAUGAAGAAUAUGAACUUAUGUAUGCUGAUGAAUUGGAAUUACUUCGAGAUAUAAACGAAUCUGACGAUUCAAAUGCUGUAAAAAGAAAGCAAUUGCCAGCAAAAAGGAGCCUUGACUUUUCCAGCCCUGUUAUAAAUAAAACUCAAAUAACACAAGGAAGCAAUGAUAUUGUAUCUUUUAAUAAUAGUCAACCUAUAAGUCAAAGUUUACAGCCAUUAGACGAUUAUUUAACACCAAAGAAUGCAUCAAAUAAACGAACAGCUGAUGAUCUUUUUGGGGACAUAAAUGAUAUAGAUUUUGAAGAUAUAGAAUUGCCAAGUAAGAGACAGAAGACAGAAGAAGAGAAUGAUUUGGAACUAAUAAACAGGAUCUUAGAAAGUAGAAAGCUUAAACAAAGCCUAUUAGAGCCAUCUAGGGUAAAGAAUGAUUUUCAGCCAACAUACUUAUCAAAGGAGAAUCUGUCACUGAAUAUACCAAGAUGGCCAUUCAUGCCUCUUACAAAUUCAGAUGGUCAACGAAUUUAUGUAAAGUUAGAAUCUGAGGAAUCUUGGGAUAGUUCAUUGGGUAUAACUGAUCAGACAUCAUUGCACUCAACAUUUGCAAAGGCAUGGGAAGAGGCCCGUAGAGUUUUAGAAGAAAAGCAAAAUCAGAAACCUGAAGAGGCAGAACAGCCCAUACAGGUUUUAGAAACUGACGCCAAUAAUAAUUUGCUGCUGGAGAAAUAUCGCCCGCAGUCAUAUUUGGAUCUGCUAUCUGAGGAACCAGUCAACAGGGCUUUGUUACAUUGGCUUCACUUGUGGGAUAAGAUAGUAUUUAAUAAAGAAGUGAAGACAUCGGAACCACAGCAACGCAACAGUUUCAGCAAGCGUACUGGCCAGUUUCAAUUGACGAAUAAGUGGAAAGGCAAAAAAGAAGUAGAACCGGAGAUUGAUGAAGAUGGAAGACCACACCAUAAGGUGGCGCUGUUGUGUGGUCCACCUGGUGUCGGAAAGACCACUCUUGCGCAUUUGCUGGCUAAAAUAUCUGGAUACCGGCCAGUGGAACUUAACGCAUCAGAUGAACGUAGCGUGGAGGCGUUUCGCUCGGCGCUACAGGCCGCUACACUCAUGCGGUCUGUACUCGACAAGGACAGGAGACCCAACUGUCUCAUACUAGAUGAAAUAGAUGGCGCUCCACUACCCACAGUAGAGUUACUAGUGAAAUGGUGUACGGCAACAGUGGCUGAGGGAAAGAAGAAAGCGAAAACUCACCCCCUGCGUAGACCGGUUAUAGCUAUAUGCAACGACUUGUAUGCCACGUCGCUAAGGCCGCUCAGGUCAGUGGCGCUCGUGAUACAGGUAGGGGGCGCGACGAGCGAGCGCGUGGUGCGGCGGUUGUCGCGGAUCGCGGCCGGGGAGCGCGUGGCGGCGGCGCCGCGGACACUCGCCGCGCUGGCGGCGCGCGCGGCCGGCGACCUGCGCGCCGCGCUGCACGUACUGGCGCUAGUCCGCGCCCGCGUCGGCGCCGCCGGGAGACAGCUCAAAAUGGAAGACGUAGAAAACGCAGCAAUAGGAACAAAAGAUUGCCACAAAACACUAAUGCAAGCCCUGCAAGCUGUGUUUACUGUGAACGAUCAAAAUCCAGAUGAAAUUAUGAAGACUAUUCAGGCAGCCGGAGAAUAUGAUAGAUUAGUGGAUGGAAUAUUCGAGAAUUACCUGUCCAGCCGUGUGGACGGGCGGCUUUUAGUGGCGUGCGAAACGAUGUCGUGGCUGCGGUUGCACGACACAGUCAGCUCUUGGACUAUGCGCACCCAGAAUUAUUCCUUGUACAGCCUCCUGCCGCUGUGUGUCGCUAGGUGCCAUGCUGUGCUCGCGACUAGAACUCCGCUUAGGGUUAAGUUCCCUAUGCAGGCGCAAGAGAUGUACAGGAAAAGGCAAGAGUUGGAGUGUAUACUGCAGUCAGUGUACGCGGGCUGUGCGCCCUCUGUCGCCCUCAGCAGGAACUCGUUACAACUGGAUGUGUUACCGUUGUUGCCAUAUCUGCUGUCGCCCAAGUUGCGUUCAGCUAAUGUACAAUUGUGCAGCGAGAGCGAGCGGCGAUCGCUGACUAACUGCGCGGCAGCAAUGUGUGACUACGGCCUGCAGCUGGUCCCACGUCGGCAGCCCGCCGGACUGUUCGCGCUCGAGCUAGAACCUGACGUCUAUAAAAUCGCCUUCUUUGGUAACGAAGAGCGAGCUCGGCCACCGCCUGCACUGCGGCAGGCUAUAGCUAGGGAACAGCAGUUGGAAAUGAUCAGGCGGAAUGAAGAAAUGAUGACAAAAGGAAGCGGUAAAGAAAACACUAAAGAAGGCAAAUUGAAGAGUGAUAAAGAAAAAAGCAAGGAAUUUAUGGAGGCACGCGUUCCGAAUCAUUUGCAGAGAUUACAACCCAAAAUACUAGAGAAAAAAUCACAACAGGUUCAUAAAGACUUCUUCGGACGCAUAGUACCUAUUUCACAAGUUCAACGAAGUGACGCAGUUCCCGACGUGAUAUCAUCAAGCAGCGUGUUCUACCAAUACAGGGAAGGAUUCAACAACGCGGUGCGUCGCAGCGUUCGAACCAGAGACAUGCUCUAGCCGUAGACACAUAGUUUGUUUCAAUAAAACUUAAUGAAAAUGUAAAUAAACUAAUAAUUAAUCCGACCAUAAGGUAAUCUGUUGAUGUCAAAUAGUAGUACAUAUUUAAAAUCACUCGCCGUGUAGUCCCGGCAUAAAAAGAGCUACCCCUUCCCUUCCUAUGGAUGUCGUAGUAGUCGACUAAGGGGCCUUAAUGGUCGAGUGGUGGGCAGCAGCGUCCUUCUUAAAACGUCACCAGCUUAACUGCGGUUGCCAAUCCGUAUGUCAAGCCUAAUAACUACUGGCAAACCACCCUAAUAGGGAGAGACGUAUGUUUACUAGUGGACAGUUAAAGAAUGAUGAUGAUUAAAAUCGAUUAAUUGUUCGACAUGUUGGUAAUUGCAAUUUUGAGAUUAUUUUUGUAAUAGUUUCAACAAAACUUAGUUGACUUUUAUUCAGUUUCAAUGAAGCAGGCUUAUAAUUUGCAUAUUAACGUUUUGUAAACUGAAACAUUUUCCUUUAAAACUAUGUACAUAUAAUGUUUGUUAUUCUGUAAUACAUACAAUUUUGUUUUGUUUUUAGCUGUAACAUACAACACUGUUGUUUUUUCUAUUCAUUAAAAUUUAAGAUUCAAAUAGUCUUAUUUAAAUAAUUUAAGAUUUAAAUAAAUAAAAAAAAACCGACUCAGUUGUGGCAAAGCAAGUUUUUUUUUUAUUUAAAAACAAACUAUUGAACCGAUUUUGAUGAAGUUGCUUUGAUAAUUUUUAUAUAUAUUUGUAUUUUAUUUAUAUUUCUUAUAUUAAAUAUCUAGUGUAUCCUACACUUACAGAUUAGUCCAAAGAAAUAUUAUAUAUAUAUUAUAUAUAUGAAAGAAUUUUCCAAAUCCGUUCGUAACUAAAGCAAUUAUGAGGUAUAUAAAAUAUGGAUAUGACAGUGAAUUUACUGGGUACAGAGGAAUAACACCUGAGUCCUCAGGAAUGGCAACGCAUGGGGGGUAUCAUGGACGAAACAGUAUACUCUGUUAUGUCCAUGGUACUGCUCAUGUCUAUAGGUGACGGUUAAUACUUUCCAUCAAGUGGGCUUUCAACUUGUUUGCCAUUCUAAGUUACAAAAAAUAAAAAUAAAAUAAACCUUUUUUUGAAGUCGAUUGAAAAUCUACCUGUAAAAUUAAAGUCAGUUUAAAACAACAGACAGCAAACAAUACGAAAGUCAGCCGCGAACUCAAGUUGUAUAUAUUUGCAGGGAAACGUUGAAGUCUUACUUUAUUGGGCAGUAAAUUGUAAACUUGCGUUAGUUAGCACACGGAGACGGCGGCGCACCUGAGCUUGCUAACUUUGUUCGUAAAUCGUCCACGAUAGAGAUGUAUAGAUAUAAUAUUACAACUUACUACAUUCUCGCCCCGGCUUCGCAUGGGUUUUUCCAAACUUCCAUAAUCCACGCAUACAAAUAUGCAAAGCUAGUACAAAAUAAAUACAGUGAAUUAUAUUCAAACGUUUGUUUUCCUUAUCGUUUAAAUAUUUAAACAUGUUUUAAACAAGUAUACAAAUACGUGUUACGUUUGUUGUACAUUCUAGUGGAACUUUAUUCGGUGUACCUUUACACUCGAAUAGCUAAAAAUCUGUUAUAUACCUGAUAUAUAUUUUAAGGAGAUUAAAAUAAAUAUGUAUAUUUUUGUGUAAUCAUGUCUUUUAUUUCAUUUAGUAGCUUUGUUCAUACAUAGAUAUAUGCAUGUCCCAGUGGGCAACGUGACAGAAAAUGCAAUGCAAUUUCUUUUAAGUUGUUAGUGUACUUGAUCAUACAAGUCUAAAAGUAACAGCUCAUACAUAUCGUUAUUAUAAUAAUAACGAAAUUGGAAUAAAUAUAUAAAAAUAUCAAUUG